UCAGUUGUUCAGAGCCAAGACAGCCAGAGGAUUGAUUGUUUGUUGUGUUGUUUCGUAGGGCGUUUGUAUUUUGUUUUUCAUUUGGUAUACUUAUAGAGCAUUAUAUUAUCGUCUUGGUUAUGGCUUCUAUGACUGGUUUCGAUGAUCCUGGAGUUUUCUUCAGCGAUAAUUUUGGAGGUCAAUCUGAGGAUCAAACUGAUAACAGACAUGUUCAGAGAACGCUGAUAAAAAAGAAAUUGAGGGAUUUCUUGAGAGAAUUUCAUGUUACAAUUGAAGGCGGAGUCACCUAUGCUUACAGAGAUCAACUAAAAAGAAAUUACAAUCUUGGAGAAUAUUGGGUCGAAGUUGAUCUUGGUCACCUGGCGUCUUAUGAUGAUGACUUAGCAGAUUGUUUGAUGAAACAACCCGUCGAAUAUCAUCCUUUGUUUGAACAAGCUGCAAAGGAAAUUGCUGAUGAAGUCACUCGACCACGACCAGAGGGGGAAGAAGUUGUUCAUGCGGUACAAGUACUUCUACAAUCAACUGCAAUUCCAACUUCUGUUCGAAGCUUGAAGGCUGACCAGAUGUCAAAGCUUGUCAAAGUCCCAGGAAUCAUUGUUUCAGCGACAGCUAUUCGAGCAAAAGCAAUUAAACUUGGCCUCCAAUGUCGAUCAUGUCGUGCCACAAUAAAUGAUGUUAUAGUGAAACCUGGUUUUGAAGGAUAUAGUUUACCAAGAAAAUGCGUAACCGAGGCACAAGGAAGAGAACCGUGUCCACUCGAUCCAUUUUUUAUUGUUCCUGAGAAAUGUGAAUGUGUUGAUUUUCAAACCUUGAAGCUUCAAGAAGCACCAGAUGCCGUACCACAGGGUGAAAUGCCAAGACACCUGCAACUGUAUAUUGACCGCUACCUCUGUGACAAAGUUGUGCCAGGAAAUAAAGUGACUGUGAUUGGAAUAUAUGCCAUACGAGGAUCAUCUACAAGUGUAUCAUCAAAAUCAAAAAACAUGAAAGCGAGAGGUGUUGGUGUCGGUAUCAGGACACCAUAUCUUCGAGUGUUGGGUGUUGAGGCUACUGCUGGAGCAACUGGACACAAAAUGGGGACUUCACUUACUGCUGAGGAAGAAGAAAAUAUCAGACGAUUGACACAAAAUCCCAACAUAUACGAUGUUAUCAGUCGGUCGAUCGCUCCAUCAAUCUUCGGAAGUGAUGAUAUGAAGAAAGCCAUAGCUUGUCUUCUGUUUGGUGGAUCUCGUAAACGACUUCCUGAUGGAUUGACGAGAAGAGGAGAUAUAAACUUAUUGAUGUUAGGAGAUCCUGGAACAGCUAAAUCUCAGCUUCUGAAAUUUGUGGAACAAGUAUCACCUAUUGCAGUCUACACGUCUGGAAAGGGAAGCAGUGCUGCAGGAUUAACCGCUUCUGUAAUAAAAGACCCGAGCACAAGAAAUUUUGUGAUGGAAGGUGGUGCAAUGGUUCUCGCAGAUGGGGGUGUUGUAUGUAUUGAUGAAUUUGAUAAAAUGAGAGAGGAUGAUCGUGUUGCUAUUCACGAAGCCAUGGAACAGCAGACUAUCUCCAUUGCGAAGGCUGGCAUCACGACAACCCUUAACUCGCGUUGCUCUGUACUGGCUGCUGCAAACUCAGUUUAUGGACGAUGGGAUGAUACAAAAGGAGCACAAAACAUCGAUUUUAUGCCGACAAUCUUGUCCAGAUUUGACAUGAUUUUUAUUGUGAAAGAUCAACAUGAUCAAGCUAGAGAUAUUACACUUGCUAAGCAUGUAAUGGGAGUUCAUAUGACUGCACAAACUGCCAAACAAACAGCAACAGAAGGUGAAAUCAAUCUGCAAACAUUGAAGAAAUAUAUUGCUUAUGCAAGAAAUAAAUGUGGUCCACGAUUGUCGGCCUCAGCAUGUGAAAAACUAAAAAAUCGUUAUGUUCUGAUGAGAGCGGGAGCCCAUUCACAUGAAAUGGAAACUGAAAAGAAGACAUCUAUACCAAUCACAGUUCGUCAAUUGGAAGCCAUUGUUCGAAUUUCAGAAUCUCUCGCAAAGAUGCGUUUGGCUCCAUUUGCUGGUGAAGCUGAAGUGGACGAAGCUUUGAGAUUGUUUCAGGUUUCUACUCUUGACGCUGCAACGACUGGAAACUUAGCUGGAGUGGAAGGUUUCACAUCUGAUGCGGAUCACGAAAUGUUGAAUAGAAUUGAAAAACAAAUAAAACGAAGAUUUGUCAUUGGAUCGCAAGUAUCAGAAUAUGCCAUUGUACAAGAUUUCACCAAACAGAAAUAUCCUGAACGUGCAAUAUACAAGGUAUUGCAACUGAUGAUAAAACGUGGAGAAAUACAACACCGAAUGCAGAGAAAAAUGAUGUUUAGAGUCAAAUAAGUGUUUUUGUGAAUCUACCACUCUGUUGCCGGAAAUUGUCAUGUUCCAAUCUUAGAAAUCAUGUUGUUUAUAUUUGUAAAUAUAUUGAGUUUGUGCAUUUCGUAUA